CUUCACAGCGGAGCAUCUUUCAUUCUUGACUCACACGAUGAAUACUAAGUUGACAAACGGGCUUCUUAACCCUUAAGGAGUUUUACCUUUAUGUGUAGCCUAUGGGUUUUUACACUAGGCUAGCGUGCGUUCGUCUAAGUUGCAUUAAGAGUACAAAUUUGUGAGAACUGUCGCGGAAAUUACAAUGUGGCCAAACUAACAUUCAGUUAGGACUGAGAAGAACAAGCGGCACGUGCCUGUCCUGAAGCAUGGGGUCCUUACGAAAGCCCAGACCGCGUUUCAUGAGCUCGCCUGUGCUGUCAGACCUUGCCCGCUUUCAUGCCAGCUCGCCAACAUUGCAGCUGUCCAACGCUAGCGUUUGGAACAGUGUUCAAACGGCUGUAAUUAAAGUCUUCCAAGGUGGGGGGCUGCAGACCAAUGAGCUUUACACCCUGAAUGAAAGCAUACGGUGGCUUUUGAGGACCGAGUUGGGAUCAUUCAUCACAGAGUACUUUCAGGAUCAACUCUUGAAUAAGGGUCUGAUGGAUAUUUUGGAGAAGAUUCAGCUUCAUAAUGAUGAAAAUCGGCUCCAAGCGCUGUCUGAGAUGUGGGUGAGGUUUUUCACAGAGAUCCUGCCAACUCUUCAAGCUAUUUUCUACCCCGUGCAGGGUCAGGAGUUGACUGUGAGGCAAAUGGCUCUGCUAGGCUUCAGGAACAUGGUUCUGUUGAAGCUUCCUCUGGAGAACAUGUUUCAGGGCUCCUCAUACCCUCCUCCAAUCACACAGAUGCUGCUGAUCCUGCAGGGCAUUCAUGAGCCUAACGGACCCACACAAGAGUAUUUCCGACUGGAGAGACUGGUGGACAUGGUUGUAUCUCCUUACCUGAGUAACUACCUCUACACGAGCCCUAGCGAUUCCUCUUCAGAGGAUCAUCUGGAAGGCUUGGUUAACACCCCACACCCCACUCAACCUGAGAUUAUGGUGACACACUUUGCCCACGAGUCCUUCCUAGCACCUCUAAUCGAACACGAAGGCGAAGCCUAUUUGGAAAGGACCGGCGGCGGCCGACGACACACUGUCGCCAAUGUGCAUUCGGACAUCCAGCUCCUGUCCAUGAAAAACAGGAUGUGUUCAGAAAAAGUCAAGGUCAGGACGAGCAAGAGCAAAAAGACACCUAAGAGUUUCUACAGCGAACAGGCCUUUUUUGACUCGCGACCAGGUGGCGUGGAAAUCCUUCGAGGUCAAAGCACUGCAGAGAUGAAGUGUGGCUUAACUAGUUAGAAAUCUCUCUCUCACACACACACACACACACAAAACGCCCACUGCAAUCUUCUAAAGUUAUGAUAGCUGAGACAAGCUAGAACCUGUUGCAUUUAAUACAAUAUGAAGUCUACUGCUGUUUGGCCUGUCAGUUUAGCCUUUUGUGUGGAGGUUGGUUGAAGAAGUUAACGGUUCAGCCCUUUCUUGUAAAGCACACAGAAAGUCACACUUUUUUUUCUGCUGUGGAGGUGGUAAAGAUGUGUGAAAAUAUGCCCUGGUGUGCUCAUGUUUUACAGUGGUACAGUAAAAACCAUACUCGCAUCAUAAACUUUUCUGCACUUGCUUGCAGUUCCUGUCUUCUACCCUCUCUUUCUUAAGUGAUCUCAUCUCUUUGUAGUGGAAACUAAACAUGCUGAUAUGAAAAA